AUGUCCUCCUCCGCUGCCUGCAUUUUCUGCAAGAUUAUCAAGGGUGAUAUCCCUUCCUUCAAGGUCUUCGAGAGCGACAAGGUCUUCGCCUUCCUCGAUAUCCAGCCUCUUAGCCGUGGCCAUGCGCUCGUCAUCCCCAAGUACCACGGCGCUAAGCUGACCGACAUUCCCGACGAGGACCUCCUUGAGAUCUUGCCCGUCGCAAAGAAGCUUGCUAUCGCCAGCGGCGCCACGGAUUUCAAUAUCCUGCAGAACAACGGGCGCAUUGCGCACCAGGUCGUUGACCACGUUCACUUCCACAUGAUUCCCAAGCCCAACGAGCAUGAGGGUAUGGGCAUUAGCUGGCCCGCCAAGGAGUCGGAUAUGGAUAAGCUGAAGGCUCUGCACGAGGAGAUCAAGUCCAAGAUGUAA